AUGUCAGACCGGAGCAUAUGGAACAUCCUCUGGAGCUGUUUUGCCACAAUAGUCGCUUGCACAUGGAUCUCGGUCCACCCCAACGUUCCCGGUGCGAGCGAUAGUCAAUGGAAGGUGUUUGGAAGGAGGAUGGCGAUAAUGAUGUACCUCCUGAUCGCCCCAGAGAUGGUGAUUCUGUGGGCUGCACGCCAGCAUUUCGCUGCUGUUAGAAUAGCACAACGAUUCCGAGACAAGGGCUGGACAACAAUACAUGGAUUCUUCCUCAUUAUGGGAGGAUUCGAAUUGUACGACGGCAGGACCUUUCUUCGCGCCUUGGAGGUCUCGGAAUUCGCAAAACUCCAUGAAGAAGGACGAAUAGAAUGGCCAUCCAUCACCGCUGCUCAAAUCGAAGACCGAAGCAAGGCUGAUUUCCUUUCCAAAGGGAUUGUCAUUGUCCAAACGACGUGGUUCAUCGUGCAAAUGAUUGGUCGCGGAGCCAACAGGCUAGCGGUUACCGAACUCGAGGUAGUUACGUUGGCAUUCGCCGCCCUGAACGGAGUCACCUAUUGGCUCUGGUGGGAUAAACCAAUGGAUGUGCGGUGUCCAGUCCCGGUGCACUUGAAGGGGGUUGGAACGGAAGAAGUCCUGCCGGCCCAGGAGAAAUCAUCUACGUCCUCGACGACCUAUCCUCCUGCUGAAAUAUGUAGCGUCAACAUCAUCGAACCCGCGGAUGAAGGUGGAGACGAGAGAAUCCUAGAUCCAGUUGUCCUUUCGAAUCCACCCAGCCGCUCUUCCUCGCCAAGCUUACCCAAGCGGUCCAGGCUGGAGCGACUACAGCUUUACAUGUCCCAACAACGCAUCAAGCGUGGAGAAUUUCGUGGUUUCGUCCAUGUUUUACUCUACCAACCUCUUGCCAUUUUCUUCCGCCCCUUCGAAGACAUGCUCUCGCUUGACACCCUCCGCGGUGAUCGCAGUCGUGUGCCCACAUUCUAUGCCCCCAAAGCUGAGAAAGAUAGUGAUUCGGCUGCUGUUAUUUUCCUCACCAUUGCAGUUGUCAUUGUAUUCGGCGCGAUUCACUGCGUUGCCUGGUCAUCGUCAUUCCCAACCGUCACAGAGAAGUGGCUCUGGCGUGUUAAUUCAGUUGCCAUCUGCACAUUGCCUCUUUUGAUGUCGCUUAUUGGUGCUUUCGCGAGCGAGAAGGACGCAGACGACAUGACAUUCUGGGAGAAGGUUCGGGAUUUAUCCAUCACAAUUCCGCUCAUGUUUUUCGCUGGUGUUUACAUCGUUUCCCGAGUCUCCCUCCUAGUUCAACCUCUCGCAGCACUUCGCGCGUUACCCUCCUCUGCAUACGAAGAUUUAGACUGGACGAAUUUCCUUCCUCAUACGAUUUAUCGCGCCGAUAGCCAGAAUGCUCAGGGACUACACUUUACCACGGUCAAGCUCCUGUUCUGA